AUGAAAUCGCUUCCAGGACCAUAUGGUUUCAUUCCAUAUCCUGUCUCAUUUGUACCAAUAAUUGGCUUCUACAGUCCAGUUUAUAAAGAUUACCCGAGAAGACGUCAAUAUAGACCAGAAGGAAGACGAUCGCACGUUUACAGCCCAAAUUCAGAUCUGGUUAAUACAAAAGGAGCACAUCCACCGAUACAUCAAACACUGAACAAGAUUUACCUUCAAAUAUUCCCUUAUGAAAAAGCCUAUGAGAAACGAAAAAUGUACGAAUAA